AUGGAUAGCUUCGGGGAUCUUGGCGGAGGUGGGAGCAGUUCCUCUAAGGCUGCUGCUUCCUUCUUUCAGCUUCCGCUGCCGGCAUCAACGUCGUCAGCAGAACAGGUGUUUCCGCCGCCGGACGGGCAGCACCAUCAGCACCACAGCUCACGCAUCGCGUUGCAACAGUUACUGGCCGACCCGUCGGCAGCGCAGCAGCAUAGCCAUCAGAAGGACGCGGCAGCAAUAGUACAGGGAGAGAUGUCGCCGGCGGCGGAUGGGGAUGCCGACACCAUCACCAUCAAGGCCAAGAUCAUGUCGCACCCCCAGUACUCGGCUCUCCUCGCCGCCUACUUGGACUGCCAAAAGGUCGGCGCGCCGCCGGAUGUGUCGGAUAGGCUCUCGGCCAUGGCGGCGAAGCUGGACGCACAGCCGGGGCCAAGCCGGUGGCGCGAGCCGACGACACGGCCUGACCCGGAGCUCGACCAGUUCAUGGAGGCCUACUGCAACAUGCUGGUGAAGUUCCAGGAGGAGAUGGCGCGGCCGAUCCAGGAGGCAACGGAGUUCUUCAAGAGCGUGGAGAGGCAGCUGCAGCUCGGCUCGAUCUCCGACAGUAACUGUGAGGUGUCCGGGUCGUCCGAGGAUGAGCAGGACGCGAGCUGUCCUGAAGAGAUCGAUCCCUGUGCCGAGGACAUGGAGCUCAAGCACCAGCUCCUGAGGAAGUACGGCGGCUACCUGGGCGGCCUUCGCCAGGAGUUCUCCAAGAGGAAGAAGAAAGGGAAGCUCCCCAAGGAAGCGAGGCAGAAGCUGUUGCACUGGUGGGAGCUGCACUACAAAUGGCCCUAUCCUUCUGAGACGGAGAAGAUGGCGCUGGCAGAGACGACAGGGCUGGACCAGAAGCAGAUCAACAACUGGUUCAUCAACCAGCGGAAGCGGCACUGGAAGCCGGCGUCGGAGGACAUGCCGUUCGCGAUGAUGGAGGGCGGGUUCCACGUCCCGCAGGGCAGCGCGGCGGUGUACAUGGACAGGCCGCCGCCGUUCAUGGCGGAUGGCAUGUACCGGCUGGGGUCGUCGUGA